CUUACAUGUAGCUGUGAUAUCAAGGAUAUCAGAGAAACAGACAACGUAAAAAGCUAGCAAUGCCCCCACUUCCAGGUGCCGAACUGGUCCACACACCAGUCCAACUUUACCGUUACCUUUUGAGAUGCUGUAAACUCUUGCCAUCAACAUCCAUGCAACAACACUACCGGCAUGCAGCAAGACAAAGCUUCAAUAGCCAUGCUGAUGAAGAUGAUAGAGAGCGGAUACAAUUUAUCAUCAAAAGAGCCAUUACAGAUGCCGACUGGAUUCUGGAGAAGUACACCAAAAAGAAGUGACCCUUUAUCUAUUGACAAACAGAUGGAUUCAGACCAAGUGCUUGUGCCAUGGUGAUCUACACAUAAGUUGGCUCCCACCAGCUGAAUGAGGGUGAUGUCUGUAUCACCGCACAGCUUCUCUUAGCUGUGUUUUUCUCUACGAGUUAAAUCCAAGAUAUGUAUAUAUAUAUAUUUUGUAAAAAUAUGUCAAUUUAGCCAUUGAGACAGGAUUGUAUUUAUUUGUGUGUAUUUUUUGUCUUAAAUAGUGUUCACAGAUAUCACUGUAAUCUGACAUCACUCAUUUGAAAUAAACACGGGUCAGAAAUAAUGAUAAAAAGAAAAAAGUCACCUGAAAACAAAAGCCAUUGUCUUAUUUGUGUUAUG